GGGUGCGCGGGCCGGCCCGGGAAGGCAGCAGCCAUGGAGCUGUGGCGACAGUGUACCCACUGGCUGAUCCAGUGCCGGGUGCUGCCGCCCAGCCACCGCGUGACCUGGGAUGGGGCUCAGGUGUGCGAGCUGGCGCAGGCCCUUCGGGAUGGGGUCCUUCUCUGCCAGCUGCUUAACAACCUGAUGCCCCACGCCAUCAAUUUACGCGAAGUCAACCUGCGCCCCCAGAUGUCCCAGUUCCUGUGCCUUAAGAAUAUCCGUACCUUCUUGUCUACCUGCUGUGAGAAGUUUGGCCUCAAGAGGAGUGAGCUCUUUGAGGCUUUUGACCUCUUCGAUGUGCAGGAUUUUGGGAAGGUCAUCUACACCCUGUCCGCUCUGUCCUGGACCCCGAUUGCCCAGAACAAGGGGAUCAUGCCCUUCCCCACUGAGGAGGAGAGUGUGGGGGAUGAAGACAUCUACAGUGGCCUGUCCGACCAGAUUGAUGACACAGUGGAGGAGGAUGAGGACCUGUAUGACUGUGUGGAGAACGAGGAGGCUGAGGGUGACGAGAUCUACGAGGACCUCAUGCGCACAGAGCCGGUGCCCAUGCCACCCAAGAUGACAGAGUAUGACAAACGGUGCUGCUGCCUGCGAGAGAUCCAGCAGACGGAGGAGAAGUACACAGACACGCUGGGCUCCAUCCAACAGCACUUCAUGAAGCCCCUGCAACGGUUUCUCAAACCUGAAGACAUAGAGAUCAUCUUCAUCAACAUCGAGGACCUACUUCGUGUGCACACUCACUUCCUAAAGGAGAUGAAGGAAGCCCUAGCCACCACCAGUGCACCUACACUUUACCAGGUCUUCAUCAAAUACAAGGAGAGGUUCCUCAUCUAUGGUCGUUACUGCAGCCAGGUGGAGUCGGCCAGCAAGCACCUGGACCGCGUGGCCAGCGCCCGGGAAGACGUGCAAAUGAAGCUGGAGGAAUGUUCUCAGCGAGCAAACAAUGGGAGGUUCACCUUGAGGGACCUGCUGAUGGUGCCAAUGCAGCGAGUGCUCAAGUACCACCUCCUCCUCCAGGAGCUGGUGAAACACACGCAGGAUGCAAUGGAGAAGGAGAACCUGCGGCUGGCCCUGGAUGCAAUGAGGGACCUGGCGCAGUGCGUGAACGAGGUCAAGCGAGACAAUGAGACCCUGAGGCAGAUCACCAACUUUCAGCUGUCUAUUGAGAACCUGGACCAGUCUCUGGCCCACUACGGCCGGCCGAAGAUCGAUGGGGAGCUCAAGAUCACCUCGGUGGAGCGCCGCUCCAAGACAGACAGGUACGCCUUCCUGCUUGACAAAGCUCUGCUCAUCUGUAAGCGCCGAGGGGAUUCCUACGACCUCAAGGACUUUGUGAACCUGCACAGCUUCCAGGUUCGAGAUGACUCUUCUGCAGAGCGUGACAACAAGAAGUGGACUCACAUGUUUCUCCUGAUCGAGGAUCAAGGUGCUCAGGGCUAUGAGCUGUUUUUCAAGACACGAGAACUGAAGAAGAAGUGGAUGGAACAGUUCGAGAUGGCCAUCUCCAACAUCUUCCCUGAGAAUGCCACAGCCAAUGGGCACGACUUCCAGAUGUACUCCUUUGAGGAGACCACGUCCUGCAAGGCUUGCCAGAUGCUGCUGAGAGGCACCUUCUAUCAGGGCUACCGUUGUCAUCGUUGCCGGGCACCUGCGCACAAAGAGUGUCUGGGGAGGGUCCCUCCCUGUGGCCGCCACGGGCAAGAUUUUUCUGGAACUAUGAAGAAGGAUAGGCCACAUCGCCGGGCUCAGGACAAAAGGAGGAAUGAGCUGGGGCUGCCCAAGAUGGAGGUUUGCCAGGAGUACUAUGGGCUUCCUCCACCCCCAGGAGCCUUUGGAUCUUUUCUACGGCUCAACCACGGAGACAUCGUGGAGCUCACCAAGGCCGAGGCUGAACAGAACUGGUGGGAGGGCAGGAAUACAGCUACCAAUGAAGUUGGCUGGUUUCCCUGUAACAGGGUGAAGCCCUACGUUCAUGGUCCCCCUCAGGACCUGUCUGUUCAUCUCUGGUACGCUGGCCCCAUGGAGCGUGCUGGAGCAGAAAGCAUCCUCACCAACCGCUCAGACGGGACGUUCUUGGUGCGGCAGAGGGUGAAGGACGCAGCAGAAUUUGCCAUCAGCAUUAAGUAUAAUGUUGAGGUCAAGCACAUUAAAAUCAUGACAGCAGAAGGACUGUAUCGGAUUACGGAGAAGAAGGCUUUCCGGGGGCUGACGGAGCUGGUGGAGUUUUACCAGCAGAACUCCCUAAAGGAUUGCUUCAAGUCGCUAGACACCACCCUGCAGUUCCCCUUCAAGGAGCCUGAGAGGAGAGCCAUCAGCAAACCCGCAGGAAGCACCAAGUAUUUCGGCACAGCCAAAGUUCGCUACGAUUUCUGUGCCAGGGACCGAUCGGAGCUGAACCUCAAGGAGGGUGACAUUGUCAAGAUCCUUAACAAGAAGGGGCAACAAGGCUGGUGGCGAGGAGAGAUCUAUGGCCGGGUGGGCUGGUUCCCCUCUAACUAUGUGGAGGAGGAUUAUUCUGAAUACUGCUGAGCUCUGGCACACCAGCAGGAAGAUGAAAACUGCAGGCUGCGAGCCCAGGAUGAGUAGGCUGCGUGGCCAGGACUGUGACAGGUCCCGUGGGCUGAGAAUCUGAGACGGACUGUGGAGGGCCUGCGUCCACUUGACAGGGCUUCUGGGGUGAUGCCCUGCCAUGGUUAAUUUAUAACACACUUGAUUUCCCCUUGGGUCUCCUCUGGAAGGUAGGGCUCAAGGCAUCUGCUUCGAAUAAAGUGAUGAAUGAAGGGACUGGUGUUGUUGAGAGACCCUGGAAGGGGAGACGGGGGGAGGGGCACCGGGGCACAGACAAACCGACCCAGCAAACCCUUCCCUUCCAGCUUCAUCACUUUUCUCUACCCUUUAAAAUAAGACCUGAAGAAAGAAAUGGACCCCCACAUAACAGGAA